AUGGGUGCAGCACGAUCAACUCGUCGACAAAAUAAUUUUACACUAGUAUCAAAACGACUUAUUCAACAAUUUCAAUCAACUCAUCAAUGGUCAACCGGUCCGCCAACACCACAAUCUAUUAAUACUGCUUUAACAUCUACGCUUCGAUUGGGUGUUGAUAUUGCUGGAGAACCGUUCGUUCGAAAAAAUAUUCCUCUUGGUGAAUUAUUAAAUUUUUCAACAUUAACAUGUCCAAAUUCAGCUAAAUCAUGGUUUGGACUUGUUGAUUGA